ACGGUGUAAAUGGAAAUGGCUCCGCCGGUGUCCCCCCUGCUUCCUACAUGGUUCGGUCCUCCCCGGUUCGAAUCAGAAGCGGGAGGACUGUUGUCGCUCUGCCCCGGUGACCGGUUCCCGAAGACAGGAACAACAGCGAAGGAUGGACGCAGCGACGUGUCUGAAGUCUCUGCUGCUGGCCAUCCAGCAGUACCGAGACGGCGGCACCGCCCAGCUCGCUGCGCAGCUGCAGAGGAGGUUUCCAGCCUGCAGUGUGAGAACCUGCUGUCCUCGGGUCAGUUUCUACCCACUGAGUGUGUGAGUGGGCUGGUGGAGCUGGCAGGAAACCCAAACACCAGCCCCGCCCUGACCAGCGCCAUCAUCUCCCUGCUGGCCCAGCUAGGAAGUGACGACGCCAGUCGGGAAAUUCUGCACAGCAACUACAACCUCACCGGCACCCUGGCCGCCGUCAUCCACUGCCACAGCAGCACGCCAGGAGAGCCUCUGGUGCUGCAGUGUCUUCAGGUGCUGCAGAAACUGACAUACAACUCUCGCACCUUCCAGUUCACAAACUACAUCCAUGACCUCAUAGGUUUUCUCCUCACCAACAUCCAGUCUCAGAAUGAUGACAUCAUCAUGCCGUGCCUCGGCCUCAUGGCCAACCUGUGUCGUGACAACCCCUCGGUGCAGUGCCAUAUCAAGUCUAUGGACAACGUGAGGCAGUUUUACCGGACUCUGAUCAACUUCCUGGCUCACAACAGCCUGACUGUGGUGAUCUUCACGCUGUCCAUCCUGGCCAGCCUCACUCUCAAUGAGAAGGUGGGAGAGAAGCUCUUUGAUGCGAAGAACAUCCACCAAACGUUCCAGCUGGUGUUCAACAUCAUCGUGAACGGCGACGGCACGCUGACCAGGAAGUACUCGGUGGACCUGCUGGUCGACCUGCUGAAGAACCCCAAGAUAGCCGCGUACCUGACGAGGUAUCAGCACUUGUCGGCGUGCGUGGCUCAGGUUUUGGGGCUGCUGCAGUCCAAAGACCCAGAUUCUGCAGCCACGGUGCUGGAGCUCCUCCUGGCCAUGUGCAGAGUCACAGACCUGCGCUCGCAGCUCUGCGCCGUGGUUUUCCGACCGUCCGGACCCAGACUCAGAGCCGCCGGAGUCCGGCAGGGCGGCGGGACGGACGGGGGCCGCGGUCUGGCUCUGCUGCAGUGGCUGAACUCACCUGUGGAGGGCGGAGACAAAUGCUCGCUGCAGACGCUGCAGCUGCUGAACGAGCUGCUGGAGGAGACGCUGGGAGCUGAGAGCGUGUCUGAAUCCACGCUGAGCUUCGUGGAGGUGCUGCUUCCCGUCAUCCUGGGGCUCCUGAAGGGCCCGGCCCCCCCACAGGGAGAGGCUCACCUCAGAAAGCACUGCCAGCGCAUCGCCCAUGUCUCCACCCUGCUGCUCACCCUCUGCUCCGAGGACUCCACCAGAUCGUUGGUGUCCUCUCAGGUGAGCGCCCAGCUCUGCUUCGCUCUGGUCGACGGUCUCCUCUCCUGUUGUCAUGGCAACAGCCCCCUAACCAGCCUGGCUCCCGCCUCCAGCAGCGACCUCAGUCAGCUGUGCGCUGAAGCUCUGCUGAAGACUCUGGAGCUGAUGAGCAAACUGAGGCAGCAGGUGACGGACAUGGAGACGAGCUUCUACAGGAUGCUGCAGGACCAGAGGACCGUGACGCCGCUCUCUCUGGCGCUGACCUCCCACCACAGGGAGCACGUGCAGACAGCGCUCAGUCUGCUGGCUGAAGCCACGCCCCUUCCUGACUUCCCAUCACUGGUCCUGGGGGAGAGCAUCGCCGCCAACAACGCCUACCGGCAGAGGGAGGCGGAGCUGUCGGCGAAGCGUGUCGCCGUGCAGGGCGUCCCGGCGCUCAGGACAAGCAGCAGCGUGGCGGAGGUGUCCAGCGGCUACAGGAGCGUCGGCAGCCUGGUGGAGAAGAUCCAGAGCGGCUUGGAGCUCCAGGAACAGACGAAGGACUCGCCUCUCUCUGACAUCAUCGACGUUUAUGAGCAGAAGCUGGCCGGAUUUGCUUCCAAGGAGAGCCGUCUGCAGGACCUGCUGGAGGCCAAAGCUCUGGCUCUGUCUCAGGCCGACCGCCUCAUCGCUCAGUAUCGACUCCAGAGAGCUCAAGCCGAGGCCGAGGCCCGGAAGCUGGCCGGCCUGCUGAAGGACGCGGAGCGGCGGCGGGAGGACCUGCAGGGCGAGCUGAGCAACCAGGUGCUGGAGGUGGAGCGAUCCAAAGCCGACAUGGAGGAGCUGCUGCAGCACAACGCCAGGCUGCAGAGGGACUCAGAGGAGCACCAAACUCUCAAGGGAGCCUAUAAUGCCCUGCUCAACAGGUUCAGUGAAAGCGAGCGUCUGCUGAAGGAGCUGCAGGCUGCCCACGUGUCUCUGAGCAAACAGAUGGACACCCUGAGGAAGAACCACGAGGCGCUCCAACACCAGAGGGACAAACUGACGUCGGCGCUGCAGGACAGAGAGGAGGAGAUCCGCUGCCUUCAGUCGGACCUUCAGCAGAGAGACGGCGCCGUGGCAGGUCUGACCGCGGACCUGCGGUCCAAAGAGGAGGCGCUGAAGGAGGCGGAGCAGAAGAGGAGGGACCUGGAGGAGACGGUGGACGUCCUCAGGAAGGAGCUGAGCAAGACGGAGCAAGCCAGGAAGGAGGCCAGCAUCAAGGCGUCGUCUCUGGAGCUGCAGAAGAGUCAGCUGGAGGCCAAGCUGAAGCAGAAAGAAGACGAGCUGACCAAACACUCGGCCAUGAUCGCCAUGAUCCACAGCCUGAGCAGCGGGAAGAUGAAGAGCGACGUCAACCUGUCGCUGUGAGCAGAGCGCCGCCGCCAGGACCCGGAGCCAGCGGCGUUCACGGACUCAAGCCUGGCCUUCUAAACAUUAACUCACCUUUUUAUAUCUGAAACACGUAAAAUUAAUGCUUUUUUUAAACCAGACUUGUACUUUUUUAUGUCGUGAUCUUGUCUGUUUUCAUUGUUUAGUUCUGUUCAAAUGUUUGUCGCUUUAGUCAAUAAAUGAAACUUUAAAAGCUGCUGGGACUAAAAUAAUCCACCUGGACUUGAAGUUUCUUUUCUUCUGUGUGGAAAAUAAAAGUUUUGAUGCUG